CUGUUUUCUCCGUUGUGUUAGGCAUAGUCCCACGCGAUGGGACCAGUGAACUUCCGCCACUUUGGCCUGAGAUGAACAAAUUAUGUCCUCUUGUUCCUCUACAAACGCUUCUGGAGACCUGUAGCCCAAAGAUGAGGCGAAAGCAAUGCAUAGGAGUUGGUGUCGGAGAAUACUUUAAAUCUCGGCGACUAUUCUUUGUGCAAGACACCGGUCAAGCUGCUACGACUCGAGAUGAAUUCUCGAAGCUUUAGAUGCGCCGUGGAUCUCUAUCUGAACUGGUCAAACAAUAUGUCAGCCUUUUCUCGUGCAAUUCGAUCACCUAUCUCACUCCACGGCCCUUCGCUUUUGGAAAGUAGGGUGCAUCGCUCAAUCGGAUACAUACGGCGCUUGUGUUGCCCGAUUCCCUUCGACGUAGUAAGUGGUUCUUUUCAAAAGCGAAUAUAUGAUAAACUUACCGCUGUACAAUCCAUCAGCCCUACUAUUGACCCACUAACAUCAGUAGCGCUGCAGUUACUUUCAGACCUGAAUGCUCAAGAUUCGGCAAAGCUUAUUUGAGACUUGGUAACCACAUGUAAAAUUCAGGAAGGGGGUUGGCCCUACUUGAAGUGGUGUCUUG